UGUGAGUUUCAGCUCUCUUCUCUGACAUGGCCCUUCCCCGUUCAUGUCCCUCCUCAUCUUCCUUGUUCACAUUCUUGCUCAUAUCUGCAGAUCACCUGCAACUUCACUCAACAGCACCUUUCUCUUCAAUGGCUUCCGCCCCUCAGACCUGAACCUACCCGACUCUGCAACUGUUACGAGAACGGGGGCUCUUUCCCUGACCAACGGUCACCUUGCCACGAAUCCAGGCAUCAAAGGCCACGCGUUCUACCCUGCCAUUCUGCAGUUCAAAAAGCCUCCUGGUGCUAAGAAAACCCAAUCGUUCAGUACCCGUUUCGUGUUCGAAAUCGUAUCCCAGUUCCCGGAGUCAGGCGGCCAUGGCUUAGUAUUCGUCCUGGCGCCGGCCACCAACUUCUCGCAGGCCACCGGAGGCAGCUACCUUGGCCUUUUCAACCGGGAGAACAACGGAAACCCAGCCAAUCAUGUAUUUGCAGUUGAAUUCGACACGGUUCAACAAGAAAAAAUGAAUGACAAAGGUGGAAACCAUGUGGGCAUCGACGUGAACGGUGCGAACUCCAGUUUCUUGAAGCCUGCCACUUACUAUACAGAGUUUGGCAAGAAAGAAAAAAUGGUUCUUGACUGCCAGACCACCAUUCAGGCAUGGAUAGAGUAGCAUGUCACC